AUGCGUCUCACUUCCCCCCUGAUACUCUGGAAUUAUUUCAGCCCAUUGAUGAUACUAGCAGCAUAUCCAGCAGAGGAACUUGGGAUGCAUAACAACCCAGAAUGCACUGGUAGAGUAUACUUGUUUGAUACAUCUAAUCUAUGUGAAAACAAGUGUCGUGCAUUUGUGAGGACCUAUGGUCGUGCUUGCUGGGGAUGCUCUGAGAGACGCUAUGAGCUAGCAGACAAUUGUUGUGAAUGUCAAUGCCCAGUGCUUGACCGCACAUGGCAUUCCUCAAGCUGUGAAGACCCUAAAGAUUGCCACCAUGCAACAACUGCAAACGACCUUUUGAGAUUGAACGCCAGAAGAUGCAAUGCGAGAAUUGUCAUGCUAUCAACAACAAGAUGA